AUGGUUGCAAAAUUGGACCUUACCAACCUUCCGCCGUUUCCCACGGACGUCAGAACGGCACCUAUCGCCACGAUAUCGCUUGCCAAGAUUCUCGGUCGGGACCCAGAGGAGACACAGAAGGUCUUGAAGGCAUGUCAGACCUACGGCUUCUUUUACUUGGACUUGACCGAUGCUCCCACGGGCAAGACUUUGCUUUCUGAGUCUGAAGAGCUCCUGAACCUCUCCGCUGAGGCAUUCAACUUGUCGGACGAAGAGAAGCAGGAGUUUGCUCUUCAGAAAGGAGUCUCCCUUUACGGCUAUAAGAGCGCCGGCACGGUAAAGGCAACCGACCCUGACCGCCGCCCUGACUCUACAGAAUUCUUGAACAUCGGCAAAGACCAUCUCUUUGGCUUUGCGGAGAGUCGAGCCUAUCCACCCGUCAUCGAAGAGCAGCGUCCGCUCUUGAAACACUUCUCCAAGGGUGCCCACGACCUGGGAAUGCUGAUCCUCACCACAUUGGCACGCGAACUCGGCAUAGACGAGAAGACUUUUACCGAACGCAACAUUUUCACCUCGACAUCCCAGGACCACAUUCGAUUAACCAAGAAACACCCCCAUCCCGCCGACAAGACAGCCAUCGGCCUGCCAUCGCACACUGACUUUGGCUGUGUAACCAUUCUCUUCAACUGGCUGGGCGGCUUGCAGAUCCAAAGCUACGAGCCAGACCGGUUGGGCCAGUGGGACUAUGUCAAGCCCGUCCCUGGCACUGCCAUCAUCAACAUGGGUGAUGCCAUGGUCGUCUUCACCAACGGCGCCCUUAAAUCAGCCAAGCAUCGUGUUGUUCCGGCUCCCGGUGCCCAGGCAGAUUUCGACCGAUAUAGUGUCGUAUAUUUCGUGAGGCCCAGCAACGAUCAGCCCAUGAAGCCGGUCGAGGGGUUCGAGAACCAAACUGGAACGGUCAAGGUUGCAGGUAAAUUCAAUGAUUUCCUCGGUAGCGACAAGAUACAUCUGGCUGAAGAGUGGAUGGCAAAAAGAACGGCUCAGAUGGGAACUUACGGUCCAGGAAAUUGA